CACUUAAUACCUAAAUACAUGGGAAAUCACAAAAUAUUCCAACCUCGACCCAGAUCUCAUCAGCUCACCCUUGGUGGAAAGCGUUUGCGGCCUGGUAUCUCUUCAGCAAAACAAAUGUUCUUUAUGGCGUAUAUAACCAGCUGGCUCAAUGACGAUGUGACAAGGUAA